AGGACAGGGAGUUUUGAAGGAUAUCACAGACCUUUGGGGGAUAAUUCUUAUAGACAUAGUUUCUGUUCUUCUUCCUCUUCUUCUUUUCUGGUUUCGUUAGCACCCUUCCCACUCUUUCACCUCGCACAUUGUUUAAUACCCAUUCACUCUCUGCAAGCAUGCCAGGUCUCGUCGUCACUGCCACACAGAUUCAAUACCCGUUCCAAUUGUCCACAAGUGAACUGCUAACACAUCGCCAAACUAUACUGGAAUAUAGAGAUGAGCUUUCACAGUCAUUGCAUGCCAUGGCCAAGAUCUCGAAGCCGGACCUUUCCUUGAUCUCACAACAGCCAGAGCUGAAGCCUUCGCUCAGAGCUCCAAUCCUGGAGUUCCUGUUACACAUCUCCAUCAAGACCAAAGUCACCUACGGCAUCUACUACCAGGCAGUACGCCUAUUCGACCGUUACUGCUCGAAGAGAAUAGUGCUCAGAGAACAGCUCCAAUUAGUACUAGCUACUUGUCUAUGGAUCGCAGCAAAGACAGCAGGAGGUUGCAACCACAUCAUCAACAACACAACGGUGCCUACAGGUGGCAGAUUCCAUGGCCCAAACCCAAGGGCAAGAAUCCCAAGACUGAGCGAGCUGUGCAUCCUAUGCCAGGAUGAUCAGAAGUACGACGAGGGAAUGUUUGUACAGAUGGAGAGACACAUCCUGGACACUCUUAAUUGGGACAUCUGUGAACCUCAUAUGACCAAUUGGCUCCUGGACUUCUACGAGAACAACCUGGUACAGUUUGAGAUGGAGAACAUGGUUGAUAAAGUCGAGAUCAUCAACUGCAAGAGAUUUAUCAUGGAGUGUUGUCUAUUGGAGCUGAAGCUCAUGGAACUACACCCUGCUCAGCUGGCGCAGGUGCUGUUGAGCAUUCUCCAGGCCAAUUUACCACAGCAUGCCACCAGUUCAACGUUUCAGUCAGAGUUGAACUUUGUUGAACCUUUGGAUCCAAAUCAGCUAAAAUACUAUACCCAGAUGGCAUACGACACAGUGCUGAAAUUGCCAAAUAACAUGCUUCAGUUCUAUUCAAAACUACAAGGAGUGACACAACUAUACCACACGAUAUUGAAACAUUCAAUUCAAGUCGACAGCACCUUGCAAACCCCUGUCAGACCACAGUUCUUACCAACACCACCAGCAUCGAGAAGGGGCUCUCCAGUGGGUACAAUGAACAACAUCGUAUGACGAGCUUUUUUUUUUUUUUUUUCAAUUCUACUACAUUCUCUCACUACAUAUAUUAAUGAACAAGUUUAUCCUUCUGGCUGCCCAGUUAUAUAGACGCAAUGUGGUCAAUUCCAGUCGAAAUGACAGAUCUAAUCUCGUUAGAACAAUGGCUCUCUUCUAGGGCAUCAUCCAUGGACUCGUGGAUGAUGUGUUCCCAAUCAGACUGCAGCACACUUGCCAAUUGUAGCAGCGAGAUGAUGAUAAUGGCAAU